CUUACAAGUAAUUUAGUAAACGGGUGAUUUUACUUAAAGUCUGGCAAUAGGACCAGUGACACCCAAAACACCUUGUUGAAUUUCAUGUUUUUCUCUUAAUUAAGCAAAUUAAUUGCCUGCCAGGUUGAGUUUGAUGCAUAAUUUUUUUUUUGUGUCAUGUUACUUACUGUCAAGUGUACUUUUGUUUUAGAUGCACUGCAGUCACUCUCAAACUCAUCAUGAACAUGUGGGACUCUAAAUUUCAAACCAAUAUCGUGGCUCCCAGUGUGGUUCUGGGCCUCUGCUUCCUUAUCUGUGUCCCUGGAAACAUUACAGUGAUCGUUGUGAUACUUUGUCAUAAGCUGCUGCUGAUCCUGGCCGCCUCUGACAUCUUGUGCCUCAUCAGUCUGCCAAUGUGGAUCUAUGAGCUUUUUUACGGCUGGAAUUUUGGUGAGACAAGCUGCAAACUGAUGAUGUACAUGGUCUUCUGCAGCUUGUAUGGCAGUUUACUGAUGGUCACCCUGAUGAGUGUGCAGCGCUAUGUACAGAUUCUAUACUCCCAGUACUGGGUGAGACUGCGUGGGACUGGGGAGAUGGUGCUGCUGGUGAGUGUGAGCAACAUUCUAGGAUCUCUCAGCUUCAUUAAUAGCUGCAUAAACACCUUCCUGUACGCCUUUGCCUCACGAUACUGUGAUGGAGAUGUAACUCCAUCCAGGAACAAGCAGGAUGUCUCCACUAGCAACCUCUGA